AUGCUUGCCAGAUCGAGACUGGCAGCGCGGCAGGCGCUGCGGACGUUUUCCACGACUCCGUUCCGUGCAGCAGAGGUCACACUGACUGUAGAUGGUCGUGAGGUCUCUAUUGAAGCAGGCUCGGCCCUCAUCCAGGCCAUUGAAAAGGCCGGUGUCCAGGUGCCCAGAUACUGCUACCACGAAAAACUAGCUAUUGCUGGUAACUGUCGUAUGUGUCUUGUUGACUUGGAGCGUGCCCCCAAGCCGGUUGCGUCGUGCGCGUUCCCCGUGGCUCCGGGCCAAGUUGUACGCACCGACACCGAGCGGGUUAAAAAGGCCCGUGAGGGUGUUACCGAGAUGAUUCUGGCGAACCAUCCCCUGGACUGCCCCGUCUGUGACCAGGGUGGUGAGUGCGACUUGCAGGAGCAAACUCUGCGCUAUGGUUCUGAUCGCGGCCGGUUCCACGAGAUCGCCGGAAAGCGCGCGGUGGAGGACAAGGACAUCGGUCCUCUCAUCAAGACAUCUAUGAACCGCUGCAUCCAGUGCACUCGUUGCGUUCGUUUUGCCAACGAUAUUGCUGGCGCCCCCGAGCUCGGUACCACCGGUCGUGGUAACGACAUGCAAAUCGGUACCUAUUUGUCCCGCAACCUCAACUCUGAGAUGUCUGGUAAUGUCAUCGAUUUGUGUCCCGUUGGUGCUCUGACAAACAAGCCAUAUGCUUUCAAGGCCCGUCCCUGGGAGCUUAAAAAGACUGAGUCUAUUGACGUUCUUGACGCUGUUGGCUCGAAUAUCCGGGUCGACUCUCGCGGUCAGUCCGUUUUGCGAGUUCUUCCCCGCCUUAACGACGACGUCAAUGAGGAAUGGAUUUCCGACAAGACGCGUUUCGCCGUUGACGGUUUGAACACUCAGCGCCUUACCGUUCCUCUGAUCAAGGAGGAGGGUGUUUUCAAGCAGGCGUCUUGGGAGGACGUGCUGUUGUUGAUUCAGUCAAAAUUCGAGCAGCUGCAGCCUAAGGAGAACGAGUUCAAGGCUGUCAUUGGUGAUCUCGUGGACGUUGAGUCCACAGUCGCCCUUAAAGACUUGGCCAACCGUCUCGGUUCUGAAAACUUGGCUCACGACUUUGCUGAGGGUGACAAGCCGCUGGCUGCUGUUACUGACUUCCGCUCAAACUACCUUUUCAAUGCUACUAUUGACGGUAUUGAGAGCGCCGAUGUUAUUCUUCUUGUCGGCACCAACCCUCGUCUGGAGGCUGCCGUUAUGAAUGCCCGUAUCCGCAAGCACUGGCUCGACAACGAGGUCCGCAUUGGUCUGGUUGGCCCCGACUUCAACUCCACCUUUGAGUACGAGGCCCUCGGAUCUGAUGCUACAAGCUUAACCAAGGCUUUGAAGGGCGACUUUGGAAAGGCUCUCAAAGCCGCCAAGCGUCCCUUGAUCAUUGCCGGUUCUGGCAUUGCUGAGAGCGGUGACGCUGCGGUUAUUUACAAAGCUCUGGGUGAGUUCGCAUCUGCCAACAAGAAUGUCAUCAACGAAGAGUGGAAUGGUUUGUCCGUUCUUCAGCGUGCUGCCUCGCGUGCCGGUGCUUAUGACGUUGGUUUUGCUGUCCCCAACGCUGAGGUCGCUGCCACCACCCCCAAGAUUGUUUAUUUGCUCGGUGCUGAUGAGAUCAAGUCCAAGGACCUGCCCAAGGACGCCUUCGUCAUCUACCAGGGCCACAAUGGUGAUGUUGGUGCGCCUCUUGCCGACGUUAUUUUGCCCGGUGCUGCAUACACCGAAAAGAAUGCCAUCUACGUCAACACUGAGGGCCGUGCUCAAGCUACCCGCGCCGCCGUUGCACCUCCUGGUGCUGCCCGUGAGGACUGGAAGAUCAUCAAGGCUCUCAGCGACGUCCUUAGCGUUCCUCUGCCCUAUGAAAACAUCGUGGAGUUGCGCGACCGCAUUUCCGAGAUUGCUCCUAACUUGCUUUCUUUGGACGCUUUGGAGCCCUCCGUCUUGGGCGAGUUGGCCGCUAAGCAGCUGGGUGCGCUCAGUGCCUCUUCUACCAAGGCUCCUCUGCGCAGCGUUGUUGACAACUUCUACCUCACAAACUCCGUUGCACGUUCGUCUCCAACCAUGGCCAAGUCCUCUGCCGCUUUCCAGCUCUAG